AUGUCGGGUCUGUUUCGUGGAGCUCUAAAUUUGAUACAAGGCGAAAGCACAUCAAAUUCGUCACAUCCACUCAUCGGCACACAGCUAGAAGUUGGCUCAAUCCGUCUGCGUGUGGCUAGUUUAAUUGCCGAAGGAGGUUUUGCUGUAGUGUUUGCUGCGAAUGAUAGUUCCAACAAGUGGUAUGCACUGAAAAGACAGUUGACUAAAGACAAAGAAUCGAUGGAAGCUGUUCUGCUGGAGAUUCGAAUUUUGAAAGAGGUGAUCUGUAAAGAAUUCACUAUCGUUGGUUUUGCGCCAAUCACGCUCUCCUUGUGCUUUCACACGCGAAAUCGCUACAGUUAUGUCCUGUCUUUUGUCUGCUCAUUCUUUUUCCGGCGUGCAUCAUUUUUCCUUUUAGGUGGAUCAGUUGCGGACAUGAUGAAAAAUACCCAUUUGAGUCCAGAAGAAGCGUUAAAAAUCUUCUAUGCAGCAACGAGAGCAGUCUGCCAUAUGCAUGAACGAAAAGUACCUAUCACCCACCGCGAUAUAAAGAUUGAAAACCUGCUUUUUGAUGCAACAGGUCGGGUAAAGUUGUGUGAUUUUGGUAGUGCUACUGUACAAACUUUUACUCCUGAUGAAACGUGGAAUAUGUCCAAAAGAACUCAGCUAGAAGAAGAGAUGCAAAGGCACACAACUCCCAUGUACCGAGCUCCAGAGAUCCUAGACACUUAUCAAAAUUAUCCUGUUGGUCCGCAGCAGGAUAUUUGGGCAUUAGGAUGUGUUUUAUUUUACCUAUGCUAUCAUGUUCAUCCUUUUGAGGAUUCGGCUAAGUUAAGAAUUCUUAAUGUUGCUUACACAGUGCCAUCAGGUUCUGAAGAAUGCCGCGACAUAUUGCCUGUUAUCGGUAAGUUUUUAAUUAAUGUAUAG